ACACAUGUUCAGAUGUUUUUGGCAGUCCACAGAUAAAAUUAAGUUGUUUACCGAACUAUACGAACUAUUUUUGUCCAUGCCCGUGAUCGUGUUAUGAAAAGAACUCUUACAAUGGACCAAUUGACUUAUCAGACAGCAGUUAAAAAGGCCCAACUGGUCGAGAGGAAUCCCCAGUCCCAGCUGGAUCCUAUGCGCGUUUCCAUGCAUCAGGAGGAGGAUAUCAUAGCCUUAGCUCAACAGAUCCAAAAUGCAGAUAGACAGUUAAAAAAUACAACCUUCCACAAGCUGGGCGUUAUAAUGGAGCAGAUCAAAAUGCUGCAAGCCCAGGCCAUGGAUAUAUUAAAAGAGUCAAAUCUUAAUCGAGAUUUACACAGUGCGGCCUGCAAUUUCGCCAAAAAACCCGGACAAAUCUAUCAUCUUUAUCAAAGGCCAUCAGGUCAAACUUAUUUCAGCAUGCUAUCUCCGGAAGAAUGGAAUCUGUCGGUUGACCAGACCUUUAAAGGAAGCUAUAGAUUGGAGUUCGAUUUGAGCUGGACCCCUGUGGAUAAGAUAAAGGAACAGGACCAGAAGCUCCGAUGGGCGGAGGAAUGUAUGCAAAAGGCUCUGGAAAGUGGGCGGGGCUCGACUAUGGCCAUUGAUUUUAAUAUAAACCAAUAUUGAAGCAUAUAGUAAAAAUGGCUUAGUAAAUUUAGUUAUCUUCACCUAAAAUCAGUCCGAUUUUAGAAAUCACUUAUGUGCUUUGUUCAUCAUUUCAGUUGAAAAAUAAUAAUCAGUUUUGUAUUAUACUUCAACAUUUCAUCAAGACAAACCCCAACAUAAAAAUGGUUUUUAAAUUAUUAAAAUUGUUUUUUGCAAAGGUAUCAAAUUUUUUAAAGGUUUAAAAGCAGACUAAUAGAUUUUCAUAACAUAAAAAUAUGUUUAAUUAAUAAUAAAAAAAUUGCAUCAAAAUAUACAAAUAAAAAAGACUAAUGGAUUUUUCUAAAAUAAAAAAUGUUUACUCAAUAUUAAAGAAACGUUUAUAAAUAUACAAGGUGCGUUUCAAAAUAAACAGGACUUUUGGAAUCAAGCCGAUCCUGGUGGCGCCAUCUAUAUGUGGACUGGUGCGUUAGAAUCUGCUAUCUUUAUUGAUUGUCCAUUGAGAAUUUCAUGACAUUUCAUCGGUUGGAAGUAAAGCUAUUGACUAUUUUGAACAAAAUAAAUUAAUUUUGCUGAAAA